AGAGCCGUAAGCCAUGGUGAAAGACAAGAAGAAGAAACAAGACAAGAAGGAGAAGAAGAAGAAAAAGGCAUCUCAGCAGCCCAAGGAAGUCCGAACGUAUUUUCCAGAAGCUCUGUUGGAAUAUCAAAUUCAAAUAAAAGAAGAUGUCAUCGAUCAGCUUCUGCUUGAAAUCAAGCGCUUGGAGGACAUAAAUGAGAGAUGCCACGAAAGGAACCAGAACCUAAAGGCAGAACAGACUGGCCACCUCCGAGCACUUCUAACCACCCUGAAAGAGCAGGAGAAGGAACUGGAGAAACUUGAGGUUGUGACCAGGGAUGAUGUGGAGAAAGCCAUGAAGGACAAAUGGCAGUACAUUAAGGACCAGGAAAAACUGAUCAAAGACAUGCGCUCUCAGAUCAACCAGUUUGAGCAAAAGCUUCUGGUGAAACAGGCGGAAGUAGACUACUGGCUGGAGUAUAAAAACGUGGGGAGUGCUGAUCAUGCCCAACAAAUCCAGACCCUAGAGCAAGAUAUCAAGAAACUCAAGGAAGACCUUGAGGAAAUGAUAGAAUAUUUUAGACUUGCUCUGGAAGAAACAAAGCAAAAAAUUGACAAAUACACACUGAAGCAAAUGGAGCUAAAGAAAGAAUGGGCCACUGAGAAUGCCGUGAAGCACAUUGACAGCAUCAGCUGCCGGGAGAUUAAAGAAUAUGAAUGGCUGAAAGAAGAGGUUGCCCUUUACAGGAAGGAGGUGGACGAAAUGGAAGCCACUGCCCAUGCCCUGGAGGAGGAGAAUAUCUAUCUCAUCAAGAAGCUCUAUGAUCGUAGACUGCACUACCUUAGAGUACCUAGAAAGUUAUUCCUGACUCAGGGUGCCGGCCUGCAGAUUCCUGGGGAAGAACUGGAAAACGUGGAAUCCAAGACUUCAGGGCAAGGGGCCUCCUUCCAGGUCUCUUCCCUGCUGUAUCCAAAGGUAAAGGAGGUAAAGGAGACCGCAGCCAUCACCCCCUCCUACGAAAUGGACUCGCUGGCCUCCACCUCCGAAAUCAUCUUCGCCACGGACCUGGACCAGGAGGGAGAGGAAGGAGAGGGGCAGUCCGAGGAUCCUUCCGAGCUGGUCUACCUGCGAGGGCAAACGGCCUCCCAGUUCCUCCCUCCGCUCCUGUACGAAGACACAGGGGACUUCAAGGAAUACACCGACCUGGGGCCUUUGGAGGUAAAGCUCAUGAGCAUGGUCGGCCGAGCCGUGCCCCUUCACGAAGACAUCAAAGAAAUGCCCAGCAGAACCCAGCUCGAAGAGAGGUUCGACAGCAGCAGGGCAUUCCAGCGCAUCACCUACCAGAUGAUCAAGUCUGUGUUUCCUUGAGAC